AUGUCGGGAGCUAUCUUCGCGCCCCUAGAGGGCCUGGGCGCCCUGGACGCUGCGAGCGGCCACCCGCUGGUGUGCCCGCUGUGCCACGCACAGUUCGAGCGCCCGUGCCUGCUGGACUGCUUCCACGACUUCUGCGCCGGCUGCCUGCGUGGCCGCGCCACCGAUGGCCGCCUCGCCUGCCCGCUGUGCCAACACCAGACGAUGGUGAAGGGCCCCAGCGGGCUCCCUCCGGUGGAUCGGCUGCUGCAGUUCCUGGUGGACAGCUCAGGGGAUGGCACGGAGGUGGUGCACUGUGCCAACUGUGACCUGGAGUGCAGCAAGCAGGAUGCAGAGACCACGUACUUCUGCAACACGUGCGGGCAGCCGCUGUGCGCGCGCUGCCGCGAUGAAACGCACCGGGCACGCAUGUUCGCGCGCCACGACAUCGUGGCCCUGGGCCAGCGCAGCCGCGAUGUGCUCCAGAAGUGCACGCUGCACGCGGAGCCCUACAUCAUGUUCUCCACCGACAAGAAGUCGCUGCUGUGCAUCCGCUGCUUCCGGGACAUGCAGGGGGAGAGCCGGGCGCACUGCGUGGACCUCGAGUCAGCCUACGUGCAGGGCUGCGAGCGGCUGGAGCAGGCGGUGUUGGCCGUAAAGGCCCUGCAGACGGCCACACGCGAGGCCAUCGCGCUGCUGCAGGCGAUGGUGGAGGAGGUGCGGCGCAGCGCGGCGGAGGAGGAGGCCGCCAUCCACGCCCUCUUCGGCAGCAUGCAGGACAAACUGGCAGAGAGGAAAACGCUGUUGCUGCAGGCUGUGCAGAGCCAAUACAAAGAGAAGGACAAGGCGUUCAAGGAGCAGCUGUCCCACCUGGCCACUCUAUUGCCCACCCUGCAGGUUCACCUGGUCAUCUGCUCUUCCUUCCUCAGCUUGGCCAAUAAGGCUGAGUUUCUGGACCUGGGCUAUGAGCUGAUGGAGAGGCUGCAGGGCAUCGUCACACGUCCCCAGCACCUCCGGCCAGCGCAGAACAGCAAGAUCACCAGCGACCACCGCGCCGAGUUUGCACGCUGCCUGGAGCCACUGCUGCUGCUGGGGCCGCGCCGGGUGACAGGUGCUGGGGGCGGCACCAACACACUAGCAGCGGGCUCAGGCCCCAAGGUGCUGAUGGGGCCCAGCUGCCCUUCCCCAGUGGGAAAGAUGUUGGGGUCGCCGGUCCAAAAGCCCACGCUGCACCGGUCCAUCAGCACCAAGGUGCUGCUGGCGGAGGGGGAGGAUACACCGUUCACAGAGCACUGCCGCCACUAUGAGGACUCCUACCGGCGCCUGCAGGCAGAGAUGCAGAACCUGAAGGACCAGGUACAAGAGUUGCACCGGGACCUCACCAAGCACCACUCGCUCAUCAAGGCAGAGAUCAUGGGAGACAUCCUGCACAAGUCCCUGCAGGUGGACGCGCAGAUUGCCUCGGAGUACGCUUCCCUGGAGGGGAUGAGAGCAGUCUUCCAGGAGAUUUGGGAGGAAUCCUACCAGCGGGUGGCUAACGAGCAGGAGAUUUACGAAGCCCAGCUCCAUGACCUUCUCCAGCUGAAGCAGGAGAAUGCCUACCUGACCACCAUCACCAAGCAGAUCACGCCCUAUGUCCGCUCCAUUGCCAAGGUGAAGGAGCGGCUGGAGCCCAGGCUUCAGGCGCCAGCAGACGAACAGUCGGAGCACCUACAAAACACGUGUGAUGACAGCGCCAACGGUGAGACUCAGGCCAGGAAUGACCCAGUGAGUGUCACAGAGAAGAGAGAGAAAACAUCAGAACCUAGAGGGAACGGCCGGACUCUGAACAGCCUCACAGAAGAGCCUCCACUGAAGAAUAAAGACUCUCAUAGACCCAGACAGAAGAACGGGGGUGAUAUCCCCACACGGAGAGAGCGCCCGACUUAGCAAAUGGGACUGGUCCUGAGGGGUGGGUAUUUUACAGCCAGCACAUCAAGACUGGGAUAUUUAAGAAAA